UAGCAACCGCCCGAACCCCAUAACUGAAAAUUUACUUCAAGGAUAUCACUUGUCCUGCAAAUUAUUGAGUAAUGUCUGAGCGUACUGUCCUUGUCACCGGCGCUACCGGCCUCCUCGGUCGUGAGGUCGCUACAGCGUUCGGCCUCAAGAACUGGAAUGUCAAAGGAACGGGCUAUUCUCGCGCAGAUGGAAUCAAUACUUUCAAGGUCAAUUUAAGCAAUGAGACGGAAGUGGGAGAGUUUCUGGAUGAGACCAAGUUUGCAGUCCUUUCCCUCUAUGGAUGCUGUGCCAGUAGACUGACGUUACUACCUACCUUCAGACCACAGGUUAUUGUUCACUGCGCUGCUCAACGGUUUCCAGACAAGGUCGAUAAAGACCCUGAAGGCGCCCGUGAACUCAACGUCGCUGCGAGCAAGGCACUCGCUAAGCUGGCCGCGGAUAGAGACAUCUUUGUCAUAUAUAUAUCAACCGACUACGUAUUCCCCGGCACGCCCGGGGAUGCUCCAUAUGAAGCCGAUGCCAAGCCUCAACCUACCAAUCUUUAUGGCCAAACGAAGCUGGAUGGUGAGCGUGCCGUCUUAGACACGCUGAAGCAGGCUGGAAAGGAGGGCCUAGGUGUCGUCCUUCGAGUUCCUGUCCUCUAUGGGAACGCUGAGACGCCAGCCGAGAGUGCGGUCAAUGUUCUUAUGGAUGCACUAUGGAAGGCACAGACACAGGGAGCUGAAAUUAGCAUGGACCACUGGGCAAUUCGCUAUCCUACGAACACAGAAGACAUCGGUAGGGUCUGCCACGAUAUUUCCGUCAAGUACCUCGAUACUCCAAGUAAGGAACGAUCUUGUCUUCCUCAAGUUCUCCAGUUUUCCUCCGAGGAUCGAAUGACGAAGUAUGAGAUAGUGACACUAUUUGGUGAGAUAAUGGGCCUGUCAACGGAAGGGAUUAAGCCCAACACGGAAGGGAAUGACCCAAAUGCCAGUGUACAGCGACCUUACGACUGCCACCUGAGCACAAAGGGGUUGAAAGAUCUGGGAAUUGAUGUUUCAACCUGCGACUUCAAAGGCUGGUGGAGACGUGAGGUUCGCGCAUUUCGCAAGUAAUAGAGAGCAGGCCUUUCCGUCUGCCAGCAGGGAUCGCUGCAUUCCGGUGUGGGAUAUGUGUUUUUUAGAGGAAAAGUUUCAGAUGAGACGAAGGGUUCCCUUGAGUCGUGCUUGGUGGAAAAAGGGAGGAUGUCUUGGACGCAGAACAUGACUGAAGGCCCGACGUAUGAAGAAACCAGACCACGAAACUCUCACUUCUUUAUUUCAUUCGUUGAACUGAAGGAUGAUUAAAGACAACUACAGAAAAGUCAC